AAGAGAGGUGUUUGAGUUGAUGGCAGCACAUUUCCCUGAGCAUUUCCAUUCUUCUCCCAGCCAACCCAACUACUGGAAAGUUACUUAUAAAAGGAGAGGUAUGCCAGACGGGCACGGAACAUCUUCUAAAACCUUGGAACCUGUGUAGACACCACUGCCUCCUGCUCUUGCUCCUCACUGGCUUUGGUACUUGGAGGCCACAUGGCUAAACACACCAAGGUUGGAAUCAUCAGUAAAUACCAGACCCCUUAUGCUGCUUCCCUCAGGAAAACGGUGAAGAAAAUUGGAAUAAGCCAGCACAUAAAGUACACUCGCUUCUUCUGAGGCAAACCCAAGAUGAAGACAGCUGCCAGGAUCUGGCCCUGUGGUUCCUGCAUGAAAAUCGUAGCCGGUGGUACCUGGACCUACAACACCACUUCUGCUCUCAUAGUAAAGUCGUCUGUCGGAAGACUGAAGGAGCUCAAAGACCAGUAG